CUUUUCUUGUAUCUCUAAGCUAUUCAUUCAGUUCAUUUAACAUAAGAUUUUAAUUAUUCAUUUUUCAAUUUGAUCAUUUUUUAUAACAUAUAAUAUAAUUGCAUAAUAAAGAUGUUCAAAUCAAGAAUAGCUAAUCCAAUGUUUCAAAGAAUUCUUGCUACUUCAUUUGGAGUUAGUGGAUUAACUGCAUCAUAUAUUUUAUAUCAAGAUAGUGUUUCUGCUAAUGCUAUGACUGCUGCUGAACACGGGUUACAUCCACCAGCUUAUGGAUGGUCCCAUAAUGGUAUGUUUGAUACUUUUGAUCAUGCAUCAAUUAGAAGAGGUUUCCAAGUUUAUAGAGAAGUUUGUGCUUCAUGUCAUUCAUUAGAAAGAAUUGCAUGGAGAAAUUUAGUUGGUGUUUCUCAUACUACUAGUGAAGCUAAAGCUUUUGCUGAAGAAUUAGAAUAUGAUGAUGAACCAGAUGAUGAAGGUAAACCAAAAAAGAGACCAGGUAAAUUAGCUGAUUACAUACAAGGUCCUUAUGAAAAUGAACAAGCUGCUAGAUCUGCUAAUCAAGGGGCUUUACCUCCAGAUUUAUCUUUAAUUGUUAAAGCUAGACAUGGUGCUUGUGAUUAUAUUUUUGCUUUAUUAACCGGUUAUCCUGAAGAACCUCCUGCUGGUGUUGUUUUACCUCCUGGUUCUAAUUAUAAUCCUUAUUUCCCAGGUGGUUCUAUUGCUAUGGGUAGAGUUUUGUUUGACGAUUUGGUUGAAUAUGAAGAUGGUACUCCUGCUUCAACUUCUCAAAUGGCUAAAGAUGUUGUUACUUUCUUAAAUUGGGCUUCUGAACCAGAACAUGAUGAAAGAAAGAAAUGGGGUUUGAAAACUAUCAUUGUUGUUUCCUCCUUAUACUUAUUAAGUGUCUGGGUUAAAAGAUUCAAAUGGCAACCAGUUAAAAACAGAAAAAUCAGAUUCGACCCUCCAAAGAAACAUUAAUCACUGAUUAAUACCUAAUUAUCUGAAUAUCUGUUUAUCUUGU